AUAAAAUUAAAACCAAAGAUUAAAUCAGUGGAGGUUUCCCAUCUCGUCUACCGGUCUUCACCUCUACUACCAACUGAAUUUUCUCCCAGAUUUUCCCAGCGAUCAAACAGAAUUUGAAAUAAUUCCCCUAAUUUAUAUUUUCUUUUCUGCUUUUUUUUUUUUUUUAAAUUUUUAUUCCAUGACUUAUUAUGAGGAAGAAAAUGAGGUUGUGCCGGAGCUGGGGAUGAGAAUAGAUUUGGCAGAAAAUAAUUAUAAUGAUAAAAAUGGGGAGUAUGUGAAAUUGAUAGAAUGUGAAGAGGAUGGGCCUGGUUCACCCAGAAGAUGCAGUUGUAGCUCAGUCUGGUGCUGGAUCAAGUUGCUUUUAUUGCUCACAUGUUUAGGCUUAUUAGCUGCUGUAUUUCUCAAAUGGGUCGGUCCCUUUUUCAUGGAUAAGGAGGUUAUUCCAAUCAUUAAUUGGGAGACAACGACAUUUAGUCAUCCAAUACUGGCUCUUCUGGUUUUUGCAUCUGUAGCAUUAUUCCCCACCUUUUUAUUACCAUCUUCUCCUUCUAUGUGGGUUGCUGGGAUGACAUUUGGUUAUGGCUUUGGUUUUCUUCUAAUUAUGCCGGCGGUGGCUGUCGGCAUAUCGCUUCCAUAUUUCAUCGGUUCUCUUUUCCUUCAUAAAAUUCAAGGGUGGCUGGAGAAAUAUCCAAAGAAAGCUGCUAUUCUAAGAGCAGCUGGUGAGGGAAACUGGUUUCAUCAGUUUCGAACUGUGGCAUUAAUCAGAAUUUCUCCUUUUCCUUAUAUCAUAUACAAUUACUGUGCUGUGGCGACACGUGUAAAGUAUGGUCCAUACUUUUUUGGGUCAUUGGUUGGAAUGGUACCUGAAAUUUUUGUUACAAUUUACACUGGGAUCUUGAUACGGACCUUGGCAGAUGCAUCAAAAGAAAAGCACUUUCUUUCAGCUCCACAGAUCAUCUUCAAUGUUCUUGGUUUCUGUGGGUCUGUGGCUGCCACAAUAUUCUUCACAAUGUACGCUAAAAGGCAACUUAAAGUGUUACAGAAGGAAGAAGAAGUACUACUGCAGUAGGCUUCUGGUCCUAGUUUGUAUUUAUGAAAAGCCAUUUGCUCAUACAGGCCAGACCAGGUAACCUUUGCAAAUUGAUAUAUAAGAGUGUAUGACUGGACGUUGUUUUAUUUGUUAAACAACUUCAUCCAUAGUUUUAGGAUAACAUUGUGCUGGGCAAACAAUGUGGAAGUGAAGAAACAAAGAACCAAGAAAACGAUCUAACAUGAUAAGGAGGAUAGAUUUUUUCAGAUUUUUUUAAUGUUCCUCGAAAAUGCAUUAGUUCUCGCCAUUGUCAAUUGUGUGUACAUAAAUAUAUUGAAUGCCUGCUAAGGUUAAUCUGAAGAUUGUUGAACGUCCUAAAGUGUAUAGUGUUAUUGUAGUUGAACUUUCUAAUGAUUCAGCAGAUAUGCCUGAUUUAUGAAAGAGCAGUGUUGUUUGUA